UACCUGUCGUGAAUAAACCGCGAGGCAUCGCAGCAAUUCGAGCGCCGAAUUGCUUGUGGACCUCAGGAAGCAAUGUCACAUGCCUGUACACAGUCUAAUCAGAGGUGAAUGGGAACAAGCCGUCUCCUUGACAAGUGUUUCCGUACAGUCACUCACUGGGUGUAAUGCCAUCAAAACACGGGUUCAGUCAUCCUGUCUUUUUUCUUUUUCUUUCUUUCUUUCCUUUUUUUUUUUUUUUUAAUAUAAGGGGGCUGCACUUCUUCUUGUUCUUUUCCCCCAGUAAACCACACCUUCCCAUUCCUCCUCGUCCAAUGGCUGCAGGGCUCACUCCUCUACGCAGCCCCGGUUGGAUAAAACCUGGCUCAGUGUUGGCUGCGCGCAGCACAACACAACACAACACGACCGCAGACGUCUUUCUCUUCCAACACAGCUCGGACACGCGCAGCGCUACGCGACAAGGGUCCCGUCAUUUGGAUAAUAUCAGAAUAUUAAUUGGGGGAACGUUUUCGAUUGCACCUCCGUCUUGGCAAGCUUGUGAUCGGCGGUGCACACUCAUGCCAGACAAAGCAGGACGUGGAGUAAAAACACUUUAACUGGGACAAGCGUGGAGAGGAGAGCGUCACGUUCAGCUGGUGGAGCAAAGACCAAAAACUCAGGGAUAUGUCCAAUAACACUGGAAGAGGUCAUGGGGGUCUUAACCAACUAGGUGGAAUGUUUGUCAAUGGCCGCCCACUUCCGGAGGUGAUCCGGCAACGCAUCGUGGACAUGGCCCACCAGGGGGUUCGGCCCUGUGACAUCUCCCGGCAGCUCAGAGUCAGCCACGGCUGCGUCAGCAAGAUCCUGGGCCGCUACUACGAGACCGGCAGCAUCAAGCCUGGUGUGAUUGGCGGCUCCAAGCCCAAAGUGGCCACCCCAAAAGUUGUGGAUAAGAUCGCAGAGUACAAGAGGCAGAAUCCCACCAUGUUUGCCUGGGAAAUCAGAGAUCGGCUGUUGGCAGAGGGAGUGUGUGAUGGUGACACGGUGCCCAGCGUGAGCUCCAUUAACAGAAUAAUUCGGACAAAGGUUCAGCAGCCGUUUAAUCUCCCACUGGAUGGAAAAGGUCUGAGUCCAGGACAAACAUUAAUUCCAAGUUCAGCGGUCACCCCUCCUGAGUCUCCGCAGUCCGACUCUUUGGGCUCCACCUACUCCAUCAGCGGCUUGUUGGGUAUCCCCCAACCCAGCGCAGAGGGCAAGAGGAGCCACGAUGACAGUGAUCAGGAGAGUUGUCGGCACAGUGUGGACUCUCAGGGCAGCGGGGGCGUCCCGAGGAAACAGAUGAGAGUGGAUCAUUUCUCUGCAGCCACACAACAUCUAGACUGCGGGUUUGACCGUCAUCAUUUUCCAUCGGACUCAUUUAACUCCGCCUCGAGCAGCAAGACAGAACAGACUUUGUACCCGCUUUCCCUCAUCAAUGGCAGCCUAGAUGAAGCCAAGACCAGCCUCUCAACAUCCAGCUCUGCUAUUGGACGGAAUCUGUCGGCGCACCAGAGCUACACCAUGGUGACCGAGCCCCUCCAGACGCUGCCGCUGUGUCUGAAACAGGAAAUGUCCCCAGAAGUGACCAGUACAAGCCCGUCCCCAAACAUGGCAGCGUCCAACCUGGCCUUUGUGGAGCUGCAGGCGCUGCAGAAACCUGUUUCUCUCAGCAGCAGCUGCAGUAGCUCCAACCAUUUCCCCAACACCUUCAACUCAUUUUCCCAUCAUGCACCAGUGUACGGGCAGUUCAGCAGCCAACCUAUCAUCUCAGGGCGUGACAUGGUGAGCUCCACCCUGCCAGGCUACCCACCUCACAUCCCCUCCCCGGCCCAGUCAGGAUACACCUCCUCUGCCAUCACGGGUAUGGUAGCAGCAGGUGCAGACUACUCGGGUCAGACCUACAGCCAUUCACCCUACACCUCCUACAGCGAAGCCUGGAGGUUCACCAACUCCAGCAUACUAGGCUCACCCUACUACUACAGCUCGGCCUCCCGCACAGGUCCACCGUCUACGGCCGCCUACGACCACCUCUAGUCCCCGUCGCAGCAACUGGACAGCUCCACAUCAGCUGAUCGCGGACCAAGGCACGAAAGCCAAAACAGGAUGUGGACUUGAGACUCUGCUGAUGAACCAGCGCCACAUUCUUAUUUUUCUAACAUCCUCUCACCGUCAGCAACAAGUCUUGCGUUAUUUAUUUGUCAUUACCAAUGCCAUCUCCAAGGGUAACUGUGACUCAUGCACGUUUACACAUUGUCAACACUGAACUCCUCCAGGGCCUGUUUGACUCAAGCACGGUGCAUAUUUUCAGUAUAAAUCUCUUUAACACUGUUUUGGCCAAAGACUUUUUUUUCCUUUUUUUUUUCUGGCACAUCUGCAACUUGACUCCACUGAUCCAGUGAAUAGGGAUAUGCAACUUCUUUAUACUGAACUAUGCCUGCUUUGUUUACAAUGCGUUUUUUUUUUAUUAAAAAAAAAAAAAGAAAGAAAGAAAAAGUGAAUCCUGUCCUACCACGUACAACUAAUUAAUUCCUAUUCUUGGUCUGCUGUAUGUCUUGCUUGCAAAUUGUUUUGAAUUGAAUUGAUGAUUUGUUUUCACUGUAAAUUCAGAGUUGAAGAACUUUCCCGUAGAGAACAUUUAGGCUAAAACGUUGCCACGGUUAAAUCACAGUUUCUGCGAAAUAUGCCCCUCGAAGACAUUCAAUGCAUCUGUCCAGCAACAUGUACAUAUUGUAAAUGAUGAAUUACUUAUAGGGGGAAGUGAUGCAAUUUUACUCAGAGGACGACUGUUGAGACGAGGGGGGUGUUGUGAUUUGGAUCUGACUACUAAAACCAACAAGGCUUGAAAAUAACUUUUUUGUUUUUGCUUCAGAUAUGUUUAGUUUGCUGUCAUGCUGAUGUCCUGAUGUUUGGUAAAAACUGUGACUAUUUUUUCUUAUACUGUUAUUAAUAUUAUUGCAGAUGUAAAUAAGGAAUUUCUAAAGAAUUAUUUUAAUUAAAGCAUGACAAAUUUA